CUGGGCCGGCGCAUGCGCGUCGCCCCCCCUCGGCCGCGGGGAGGGGGAUGCGGACGGGGGAAGAUGGCGGCCUCGAACAACCCGCGGAAAUUCAGCGAGAAGAUCGCGCUGCACAACCAGAAGCAGGCGGAGGAGACGGCGGCCUUCGAGGAGGUCAUGAAGGACCUGAGCCUGACCCGCGCGCACCGGCUACAGCUGCAGAAAACCCAAUAUUUGCAACUGGGGCAGAGUCGUGGCCAGUACUAUGGGGGGUCAUUGCCAAAUGUGAAUCAGAUUGGGAACAGUGCCAUGGAUCUCCCCUUCCAGCACAACGGAGCUCUGGCUGAAGCCUUUGGAGCAGUUCCUGUCUCUUUGACCCCGUUCCAGUCGUCAGCCCUGGACACGAGCAGGACCACGCGGCACCACGGGCUGGUGGACAGAGUGUACCGGGACCGGAACCGCCUGGGCUCGCCCCACCGCCGCCCGCUCUCCGUGGACAAGCACGGCCGGCAGGUGGACAGCUGUCCCUAUGGCACCGUGUACCUGUCACCGCCGUCGGACACCAGCUGGAGGAGGACAAAUUCUGAUUCUGCCUUGCACCAGAGCACCAUGACUCCAGCUCAGCAGGAAUCCUUUUCAGGAGGGUCACAGGACAUGCAGCAGAAAAGAGUUUUAUUGCUGACUGUCCCUGGAAUGGAAGAAACCACCUCUGAUGCAGACAAAACCCUCUCUAAGCAAGGCUGGGACACUAAAAAGACUGGGUCAUCGAGACCUAAAUCCUGUGAAGUUCCAGGAAUCAACAUCUUCCCCUCAGCUGAGCAGGAGAACACUACAGCCCUGAUCCCUGCCACGCACAACACGGGCGGCUCGCUGCCAGACCUGACCAACAUCCACUUCCCCUCGCCCCUGCCCACGCCCCUGGACCCCGAGGAGUCCUCCUUCCCUGCCCUGAGCAGCUCCAGCAGCACGGGCAACCUGGCUGCCAACCUGACCCACCUGGGCAUCAGCACUGCCAGCCAGGGAAUGACGACGACGCCGGCCCCGUCCCAGCACCGCCAGCCCAGCGUCAGCCCCCUGUCCUUGGGCGCGGACUCGCGGCGACCUCAGUCCCAGCAAAUGUCCCCCACGCUGUCCCCACUGUCACCCAUCACUCAGGCCGUGGCUAUGGAUGCAUUGUCCCUGGAGCAGCAGCUCCCCCCGUACCCCUUUUUCACCCAGACCAGCUCCCAGCAGCAGCAGCAGCCAGCAGUGGCCAGUUCCCUGCCCCAGACCCCCCCUCUGCUGCAGAGCUCGGGGCUGCAGAGGGGCCCCCAGCUCCCCCCUCUGUCUGUCACGGUACCUUCCACCAUCCCCCAGUCACCUCCAGGGAACCAGAGCCAGCCCUCCAUGGGAAUUGACAUCAACUCGGCCUCACUCCAGCAGUACCGCAGUAAUGCUGGCUCCCCAGCCAACCAGUCUCCCACCUCUCCUGUCUCCAAUCAAGGCUUCUCUCCUGGCAGCUCCCCUCAAUGCCUGAUGCUGCUGAAAGAGCCCCAGCUGGCUGCUCUGGAGAAUCCCACCUGGAGAAAAGAAGUGCAGGGAAUUCUUCCAGAGCAUCACAAGAGUCUGAAAAUCCAUUUUCUGUUUCAUCACUGAACAUUGAAGGCUGUAAAGAGGAUCCUUUCUAAAUAAGUGCUGCCCCUUCAUGGUUGCCAGGCAGAAGCUCCUUCAUUAGCCAGGUCAUGGUAAGCUCAGCCCUGGAUCCGAGUGGCAGGAAUUGUCUGCAUUUCCUUAACCCUGCCUUAAUUUGCUUCUUAACCUCUCUCUUCAGCCUGCUUCUGUUGAGUUCUGCUGUGCUCUGUGUGCCUCCAAAAACCAGCACUGUCCCCUAGAGCAGAGCAUGCUGCAAACUCUCAGUUCUCACUGGACAGCACGUCCAAAUUUGGGGUUUAUGUUGAUUUUUUUUUUCCCUUUUGAUUUCUCAAUCACUCUGGCUUGGUUUUGUCCCCACUGGUCAGUGCACAGAGGACCAGAGCACACACUGGGUUAUGAUUUUUCCUGCUGGUUUUAUCCUGUAAAAAUUUCCUCAGGUUUUGCUCUGUUUGACAGGGACGCCACAACUCUGAGUGGAAGGCAGAGGAUUUAUUAAUUCUGCUCUCUGUAGUUUUGGCCUCUUAAAUACCCACAGAAUUCCUUAGUUUUGCUAAAUUAAAACCGAGGUGGAUUCGGUGCCUCCAGGAAUGGCCCUAAGGUGGUGGUGGUCACAAACAUGAAACGUGGAGAGAAGAAAAACCAGCGUGGAGGGGAAGUUGGGGUUGGUUGUGGAGAUGGGGGCAGCUGCAGGCAGCAGAAUCCCUUCAUCUGCCCAGAGUGAGGCAGAACCCUUCCAACAGCAGAGUGUCCCAUUGUGGAGCAGCCUGGCACUGCUGAGUGGGAUGCAGGUGCCUCCACGUGCUCCUCUUCCUCCCGUGGAUUUGGGGUUUCACCCCCACAGUGCCAAAGGACAUUGCCUAAACCACAAACCCAGGCUUUGAUUUGUGUCCCACAUCCACCCCAGGUUCUCCUCCAUGCUCCCACCUCUCCCCAGCCCCGUGCUCCCCUGUCCCAGCCGUGUGUGUGUGUGUCCCACCAGUGCUCCCAGUGCCCACAGGGAUGGAUGGAGAGCUCUGCCUGCCCCCAGCUCUGUGUUUGCAUGGCUUCCACCCCAGUGCCUGGGCUCUGCUUCCCUGCUCUCACCCUCAUUCCCGUUCCAGUUAGACACAAACAUUCCUGCUCUAGUGGCUCUGACCUGGAGAACCUGGUAGGUAUUCUGAGAUGGAUCAUCCCAGCCAGGGAUUUGUGCUUUGGGGUUGGUUUUUCCUCACAGUCGCUCCGUGAACCCCAGAAGAUGCUCUGGUGACUCUCCAGUGGUUCUGGAGAUGGUGUUUGCACAGUGUCGUCCCUGGAGUUGUUGAUAAAUUAUUUUGAGGCUGUGAAGUGUUGAAGGAAUGACAUUUCCAGUGGGAAUUUCGGGUUUCCUUUGGGAAUUUCUGUGCUUGCAGCUGUAGGAACCAGCACACCUCACAGGAGGAGCAAACCCAGGCUGGGCUUGGGUGGGAAGCUCUGCCCUGGACUUGGACAAGCACAUUCUGCUCUCCUUUUAAUUACUUACUGUGUUCCCCAAGGUUUUUUGGGAUGGAAACAGUGCUUGGUGAAACACAGAGAUUUUAGGGAUUGUCCUCAUUUUUGGAAUUGUCCUCUCAUUCCUGUUCUGUGGAAUGAAACCACGGGAGUGAAAGGGACAAAAUACCUUGAUCCUCUUUGGAGCUCUCAAAUAGCCAUUGGAUUUUAGUGUUGGUUUUGCUUCCUGUCAAGUCUGUGCCAUCCCAAAAUUCAGAUUUUCCUUGGAAAUGGUUGUAAACCAUAGGUUGGACUGGAUUUAGGUUGGUUAAAAAAAUCUUAGGUUGGAUUUAGGUUGGUUGGGUGCUUUGAUUUUCUCUUAUCAGCAUCUUAGCAGUGGCUCUUGUGGUGUUUGAUCCCUCCUGGUGUUUGAUCCCUUUUUCCUGGCAUCCAGCAGCUCUGGAGUGUUGAUGACCAGGUGAUAAAUUGGAGAUUUAGUUGGAAAUUUCAGCCCUUUCCCAGUUCUGGCUGCACAUGGGGCAUAGAUUGUUGGGAGGUCUGGCUGUGACAGACCAUGGAUGCUCAGGAAAGGGAAUCCCAAAUCUCUUCUCCAAGUGCAUCCAAACCAUCCCAGCCUGGAGCAGCCCUGGGGCCAAGCAGGAUCUGCUCAGCCAAGGUGCAAUUCAGGUGAUGUUUGAAUUAUUUUUUCCUACAAGGUGGUU